AUAUCCCCGUCAUAAACUACAAAACGAACGACAAGAAGGAAGAGGAAAAAGGAACAACAACUGAAGCUACCAUGGCUAAAGCCGAAUCAUCUGCCAGCGCCGCGAAGAAUGGCCUCAAGGCUGUCACCGCAGGUGCUCCUCCAGACUAUGAGCUUCCAUGGGUCGAAAAAUACCGACCUGUAUAUCUCGACGACGUCGUGGGCAACACCGAAACGAUCGAACGAUUGAAGAUUAUCGCCAAAGACGGCAACAUGCCGCACGUUAUCAUCUCAGGCAUGCCGGGUAUCGGAAAGACGACGUCGAUUAUGUGUCUGGCGCGGCAAUUGCUAGGGGAUGCGUAUAAAGAGGCUGUGUUGGAGCUCAACGCUAGUGAUGAACGAGGCAUCGACGUCGUGCGGAACAGGAUCAAAGGCUUCGCCCAAAAGAAGGUUACGCUGCCUCCAGGUCGUCACAAGAUCGUUGUGCUUGACGAAGCGGAUAGUAUGACAUCGGGUGCUCAGCAAGCGUUGCGACGGACCAUGGAAAUCUACGCCUCGACUACGCGAUUUGCAUUUGCCUGCAACCAGUCCAACAAGAUCAUUGAGCCCAUCCAGUCGCGAUGUGCUAUCCUUCGAUACUCCCGGUUGACCGAUGGGCAAGUGGUCAAGCGCCUGAAACAAGUCUGCGACGCGGAGAAAGUGGAACAUACGGAAGACGGUAUCGCUGCUUUGGUAUUCAGUGCCGAGGGUGAUAUGCGCCAGGCCAUCAACAACCUGCAGAGUACAUGGUCGGGAUUCGGUUUUGUCAGCGGGGACAACGUGUUCCGCGUUGUUGAUAGCCCUCAUCCCAUUAAAGUGCAAGCGAUGAUCAAGGCUUGCUGGGAAGGCAAGGUUGAUGCUGCGCUGGAGACGCUUAAUGAGUUAUGGACGUUGGGGUACUCCUCCCACGAUAUCAUCAGCACGAUGUUCCGUGUCACCAAGACCAUCCCGACAUUAUCUGAGCAUUCCAAGUUGGAGUUCAUCCGGGAGAUUGGCUUUACGCACAUGCGCAUCCUGGACGGGGUGCAAUCGCUCCUUCAACUGAGCGGCUGUGUGGCGAAGCUCUGCAAGAUCAACAUGAAACCGCAGCUUUUUGAGCCGCCAAAGGCCUAAGUUGACACGAGGAAAAAUGAAAUUUGAUUUUAGCAUAGAUUAGGCGUUAUGGCGCCUGUUUAAUGUAUAGACAUAUUAGUUAUUUAAGUUUUCUAUUGCUUUAACUUCUAAGAGACACUGAAACAUGAGUCCAGGUGUCAUCCAGUUUGACUAUAUACCGGGUAAUAGUCCUAGCCAAGCUUAUGAGAGACCCCUCUUG